AUAGCCAUUUUGAAAAUGUUCCACAACUUACACAGCCUUCUCUACCUCACAUUGGAUCCAGGCUGACAGACUUUGCCAGCUCCAAUGAUGAACAACCUGGUCUCCACGGGGGGCGCCAUACAGGGUAGCUUCACCAUGACUACCUCCAUGAACUCGGGGAUGAUAAGUGAUGAUAUGAGCGAGCCAAGCUCACCCGAGAGCACGUUUGAUGCUUCGGACUUGCUGGGAACCAAUGGCAUGACAGAUGAAGUAACAGCACAGUUAGCUCAUUCAGGUACAAUAGGCAUGGCAGCGGCAGCCGCAAUAGCCAGUGGUAAAAAACACAAGCGACCUCAUGCGUUCGAGACAAAUCCCUCUAUACGAAAGCGGCAACAAACCAGACUGCUCAGGAAGCUGAAGGCUUGUAUAGAGGAAUACACGACUCGAGUAGGACAGCAGGCUGUCGUCUUAUGUUGUACCCCAGGAAAAUCCCAGAAUUCCAGCAACUACAAAGUGUUUGGCUCCCAGCCCUUAGAAACUGUGAUAAGGAACUGUAAAUCGGUCGUGUUACAGGAUUUAGAAUCCACUCUGGCAGAACAAGUACCACAACAGCAGGACGUCACAGGCAUGCAGGAGUUACCUCCCUUGUCCAUAGAUGGCAUCCCUACCUCAGUGGACAAAAUGACACAAGCACAGUUGCGAACAUUUAUCCCUGAGAUGCUGAAAUUUUCUACGGGUCGAAGUAAACCGGGCUGGGGAAAAGUGGAGUGUCGACCAGUAUGGUGGCCCGGGGACGUCCCCUGGGCUAAUGUCCGUAGUGAUGUCAGAACGACAGAGCAGAAGAAAAAGGUCUCCUGGACUGAGGCUCUACGUACCAUCGUUAACAACUGCUACAAACACCAUGGAAGAGAGGAUCUGUUACACAUAUUCGAGAGUCCUGAACAAAAGACUAUGUUGCAGACAAUCAAUAAUCCUGAUGGGACGAUAUCUGUUAUACAGAUCGACACCAGCCCCAAUCAGGUGGUGACGUUACAAGAUGGCACCCAAGCCACUGUGGUGCACACGGUCAAUCAAGAUGUCCCCCAACAGGAGGCCACACAUGCUGUCCAGACUCUGGCAGAUGUAGCCGUCAACCAACAGGAAGUGGUCACAAUGUCGGGUAUGCAGAUGACCCCCGUCAGUGUGGAGAUCAAUUCUGACACCAUAGGGCAUCGUAUCGCUCAUAUAAAUGAGGAUGGACAUAUUAUUUUGUCGGGGGAUGAUCUGGGAGGGUCACAAGGAAUUGUUAUACCUGUCUCCUACACACUGCCCAAUUCUGCUGUUGUUUCUGUGGCAACAUUUGAUGCCCUACAAACUCAAACAGGACUCCAGGUUGCCAUGGCACCAAUGGCAAUAGCGAAACAGGAACAAGCAGAAGAUAUUCAGGAAGAGAUCGCGGAAACGUCAUGUGAUAUGUCAAUGGAGGACAGUGAUGAUAAACUUCAGUGAUCCAGAGGAGUGGAUCCAAUGAAACUUAAGUGAUCUUGUGGGGUGGAUCCAAAGGGAGGGUGGCAGAUCUCAUCAAUUGUGUACAUGUAAAGGAUUUUUUUUCUCUCUCAUCAUGUGUUUUCUGUGAUUUCAUUUUAGUAUUCAUUGUUAUAAUGUUUUAAAUAUUUGAUUAUUUAAUAUGUUAUUAAUUUUUGUAUUUCAUGUUGAAAUGCAUAAUCAUUGUGACAUGCUAAUUAUUUAUCAGCAGUGAGUAGCGGUAUCAAGAUCUAAUAUCUUUUAUUCUACACAAAAUGAAAAUUAAUGAAAAGUUCAAUGGACAGAUUGUUGUAUUUUAUUUGUAUAAUUAAAAUUUUCUGUUUAA